AUGGAAGAUACCAAAAGUCAAAGGCUUGUCAAAGAUUUGCAGUUCCGGGAACUUCUUCCUGACGUGAAGGUUCAGACCAACUUGUUGAAGCGGUGGGCAGUGCUUGUUAGCAGAAUUGUCACCAAGUACAUGCAGUAUUUUGGCUCUCUCAAGAAAUGUACAAUCCACCACAUCAAACAUAAGCAUACACAAGAAAUGGCACACCGUUCUGUUGUGUGUUGUUUAGGAAUGGAAUUCUUAAACCCCAACAUAGCUGGAGACAUGGCUCAGCUUAUGCAACACAACCAGAAAAAGUAUGUGCCAACGCUUGGUGACAGUCGAGAGCCAUUGAUUUGUGUACCAAUGCAUGGAGACCAGCUCUACGAAGAGAGAUCUAGAAAUGUGAAAUGGUCAUUCCGAGAUGGUCUGGAUCCGCUUGAGCAAUUACACAGACUGGAUACUGAGUUUGCCGACUGGCAUGCCAAGUAUACACUAUAUAAGUUUGAGUACAAAUUGUUUGUGGAUCAUUCAUCUGCUGGUGAGAUUGGGACAAGCAUGGCAAGCAUCAAUCGCACAGGCAAAACAAAUGCAGCCAAAGGAGUAGAGAAUCACUACAACGAAUACAGUGAGUUCCACUCAAGAGAAACCGAAGCCCAUAUACUGGCAUCAUUCAUGGAGCACAUGGGGAUGAAAAACUUAGAUGAUUCCCCCAAUGGUGUAACUCUACCUGACUCCGAUGCUCCUGCACCCACAAAAGGAAAAUGGCUGCUAGAUGUUUGUGAGGAGCAUGUUAAGAGAUUUGUCUUCAAUGCUGGUGAAAUGACUGGCCUAGUUGAACAAACAGAUCAACUCCAGCAAGAAGAGAGUGGCAGGUGGGUUUGCAGAGCUGAAGAUUGUGAUGCCUCAUAUAAAUUGCAUUCAGGAAGAGUGAGGUAUUCAAAAAUAAAAACAAAACAUAAAUAG